AUUUAAAAAACAAACUGCCGCUAAUUCCAGUGUUUUGUUUUCUAAUCUGUGGCGUUUUUACGUUUGGAUGUGGAGCUUUUUGGCGCGUAACAAGCAGGUGGCGGCGAUGCUGGGCGUUUUGGCUUUAGCGGCGGUUGUGGUGGUAGUAUUGACCACGAAAGGCGCCGGCUCGAGUAUGGCGGAAAAAGGCCCUGAGGAAGCAGAGGAUGUUAGUGAUGACCCGUAUAUUUUUUCUACUCAUAGCCUCCCAUCCGAAGACCGCUUCAUGCCCUCCAUCGGCAACGGUCACAUAGCCACCAACAUAUUUUCCGACACCGUCUACCUCAACGGCCUCUACAAUGGCCACAAAGGCGAGAGCCACAGAGCCCGGAUCCCCGCUUGGGCGAACGUACGACUCAACUCGACACUGACUCACCGACCAUUCGCCCCUGUGUAUAGUUUGAAUACGAGAGACGGCGCGUUUACUGUGAGAGUCGACAGGGACAGGUCCGUGGUAACGCAGAGGAUAUUCGCGCAUAGGUUCUACACUAGAGCUAUUGUUAAUCAGAUUGAAGUUACGUCUAAGACGUAUGCUGAUCCAAACCUCACUCAUCGCGACAUAUGGAUUGCCGUGAAACUAAUGCCAGGCUCCGAAAUCAGUGAUGACAUCAAUUUCGAAUCACCAGUUCCCGAGUUAUUUCACGGACGAACUAUCAAGUCUAGCUGCGGGAAGACUAGGGAAUCAGAGGAUCUGGAGUAUCAGCCUCUGCCUGUGAAUGUGUGCGUGUAUUGGACCUCAGUGCCGGAUCAUUUGGUCGUGCCUCAGCACGGGUCCAAGGUGUUUACGUUUGCAAUGACUGUGGAUAAGAACAGGACUGUCGCUAGAGAAGAGCUACUUAAAGUAUUACAGGAAGACACUAAGGUGCUGUAUCAGAGGCACGUGAAUGCGUGGCACGCGCUGCUCGCACAAGCGGGCAUGGACAUUGAAGGCAACUUGCAGUUGUCGAAGAUAGUAAGCGGUAUUUGGUACUAUUUCCUAAGCGCGCUGCCUUCAGAGUCCACCAGCCACCCCCAGGAUCGGUUCUUCGGUCUCAGCCCCACUGGACUUUCUCGAGGCGGCACAUUUGAAGACUACGAAGGUCACAACUUCUGGGACACGGAAACGUGGAUGUUUCCAACCAUCCUCCUCCUGUACCCGCGAUAUGCGAAUCUAUUGCUGCAGUAUCGGCUGGACACAGCGCCGGUGGCCGAGCGCCUCGCACAUGAAACUGGACAUAAGGGUUACAGAUACCCAUGGGAGAGUGCGUACACGGGCAUUGAAGUGACGCAGCCAUGCUGCCCCGAAGUGGCAGAGUUUGAGCAGCACGUCUCGGGGUGUAUCGCUUUUGCAGCACGACAGUAUCUCGCCGUCACACGAGACGAGCAUUGGUUGAAGCAUGGCGGAUGCGACAUCGUAACUCGCGUCGCCGACUUUUGGGCAUCUCGGGCUGUGAUUAACUUUACCACGGGGCUCUUCGAUAUUUCAAAUGUUAUGGGGCCAGAUGAAGACCACGCUGACGUUAGAAACUCGGUCUUCACUAAUGUCGUUGCUGGUUAUUCACUUUAUUUAGCUCAAUAUGUGUCUUGUCUCUGCAAGUCUUACUUCAUCACAGACCAUGCAGAAAAGUGGGCAGACAUCGCUUGGAGUCUGGCUCUGCCCUACGAUCCAGAGCAUGACUACCAUCCACAAUACGAGGGCUAUAAAAGAGGAGAAAGUAUUAAACAGGCAGACGCUGUCCUGCUGGGAUUCCCGCUACAAUAUCCAAUGAACAGAACAACACAAGCAAACGACCUCUCAUACUACGAAUCGGUGACGCGAGAGAGCGGACCAGCAAUGACCUGGAGCAUGCACGCGAUAGGACUCCUGCGCCAAGGGGACGUAGGGAAGGCUGCGACCAUGUUCAACAAGAGCUAUGAACAUUACGUACGAGAGCCCUUCAAGGUAUGGAGCGAGAACCGGCGUCCCAAAAUCGGCGCAACAAAUUUCUUCACCGGCAUGGGCGGGUUUCUGCAGGGGCUCGCGUUUGGGUACGGCGGCUUGAGCAUACACCUCGAUAGGCUGGUCAUCAACAAGCCUCAUUUGCCACCUGACUCCAUAAGAUUUAGGAUAAGAGGUGUUAAGUACCUCGGCGCCAACCUAACUCUAGACAUUCAAAAGUUGCAGACGACGUUGUUCGUUGCUUCUGUCGAUGACAACUGGCCACUGAAGUACGAUGAUGGAAAGAACAACAUCACGUUAGCUGCGAAAAUGACCUUAACCUUAACGGGAGACGGUCCGUUCACAAUCCGCUCCGUGCCCUGGAAGGACUGCAAACUGCCGGCUGACGUCAUCGGUAGAAGCCACCUGAGACCAUAGACUAAUUAGGUUAUUUUAAUUAAGUGUAAGGAACAGGAUAAGUUUAAGAGCGACACAAGUUAAAAAAACGUAAUAAAAUACAUAA